AUAGUUUAAAUUUUCCGAAAUAUUAAUUUUAGAUUAGAAUAGAUAGUGUGCAAAUACAAUAUAUAGAUUAUGUUCACCAUUAAAUAUGAAAUUAAAAACAGGAAAAGUACUUCCUGCAGAUCAAAACUCACAAUAUACCCUCAACCCAUUGAAUAAAGACUUGAUUUUGAAACAAGAUAAUUUGAUGCAUGCUAUGCCACAAAAUACAAUUAAUGAAAAUGCCGUUUUAUUAAAAGAUGAUAACAUAAAUAAAAAUAGUUCUUUGGAUUUUAUUGCUAAAAAAAGAUCAUCAAUUAGUAGUUCUAUUCAGUCUAAUUUAAAAAAACAUGUUUUGUAUAGUGAAAAGCAGCGCUUGUUUUCACUCGGUGAAUGUGGUGGUGGGCUAUGCUUAGAAAAUAUUGAAAACAGUAAUGGAAUAACAAAGAGGAGUUCACUGAAAUCUAAACAAUUAUUAAACUAUUUUUCUAAAAUGUCAUUUGAUUGUAAUAAUCAAGAAAUUGACCUUAAAAUUAUUGAGAGUUUUGUUAUAAAUGGAGCCGAUAUUAAUAUAACAGAUAAGUAUGGUCAAACUAUUUUACACGAAGCUUCAAGAAUUUGGCAUCCUGAUGUUGCUAAAUUUAUAUUAUUAUUAAAAGGUGACAUUAAUCAUGCAGAUAAAUAUGGCCGGACACCUCUACAUGUAGCGUCUGCUGUUGAUUAUCCAGAAAUGGUCAAGUUUUUGAUUGAAUGUGGAGCAAAUAAAGAAGCGCUUACAUUUGGUGAAAUGCAAACACCAGUUCACUAUGCUGCAAAAAAUGAUGCUGUAGAGUCGCUAAGGCUGUUGAUUAAAUUUGGUUGUCAAAUUGAAAUCCUAGAUAGUAAACAUAGAACUCCAUUGCAUGUUGCAGCUGAAUUAGAUAGAUCUGAAACUGCAAAGUUUCUUGUGAAAGUUGGUGCAAAUGUGUCUGCAUAUGACUCAAGUGGUCUGUCAACAUUAUAUUUGAUGAUAGAGAAGAUGCCACAUGUUGCACAAAAAGCUUUAAACCAAUACCAUCAAACAGAUAGAGCAAAUAGGAAACAGUAUUUUUAUCUUAAUUUAUUAGAGGCUGAUCAAGCUGGAACCUUCUCUAAGAUUGCAAAGAGUCCUUUAGAAGCUGUGACAUUAAACAACCAAAUGCAGUUGCUGUUACACAUAGUUUUUCAUCGCUUGAUUCAAGUAAAAUGGAUGAAGUUUGGUAAUCGUAAACAUCUUCAACAUCUUUUGAUUCAGAUUUUGUUUGUUGCACUAUGGUCCAUCUUUGCAUUCACUCAUCCAUACAACAGUAAAUCUGAAUAUUCUAAUUCAUUUAAAUUUAUAUGGUGGAGAGUGUUGCUAGAGGUUUCUACUAUUCUAUUAACAGUCAUUUUUAUAACACAGGAAAUAUAUGAGUGGCAUUGUUCAGUUCGUGAACAUAAUAAAUGGAAAAACUGGAGGAUUAAUGAAGUUCAAAGAGAUCUUGAUUUUUGUCAUCCUCAGUGGCCUGAAGAGCGCAGUUACAUCAUUCUUGAAAUUGAACGCAUAAAAAAGUCAAAAGUAUUGUACUUCAAAGAUUUGUGGAAUUUGUUAGACUGGAUUGCAUACUUAUGGAUUUUAUUAGGAGUUUGUUUUCGAAUAGCUGCACUUUCUGGAAAUCAAAAUGCCGCCAAAUAUCAUAAAAAGAUUCUUGCAUUUUCAAUGACUGUUAUAUGGCUGAGAUUAUUAAAAGUUGUCAAAGUUUAUCAGUUUCUUGGACCUUUCAUUGUUAUGCUUGGUCACAUCAUGAAAGACACAAUCAAGUUUUGUUUUCUUUUUAUGGAGUUUUUUUUCCCUUUUGUCAUUGCAUUUUGGUUAAUGUUUGGCGGUGAAGAAAAUGCUUUUAAAAUGAUAGAAAACAAUGAAUCAUCUUCAGGUUGGGAAAAUCUUGAUGAUGUUAUUUAUUCUGUAUGGCUAAUUACACUAUCAGGUGACUUUGACUAUAAAGCAGUAGCUUCAAUUGAUAAAUUUAUGGCACGAACAUUGAUUGUAAUGUACACAGCAUGUUCAAGUAUUUUGUUGUUGAAUUUGUUUGUUGCUCUUAUGUCUGAUACAUUUCAAAGGGUAUAUGACAAUGCACAAGCUAAUCAGCUGAUGCAGAAAGCGAUUGCUCUUAAUGCCUAUCAGAGAUCUCUAAGUGAUAAAUGCUUAAAUGAAUUUAUUGGGUAUUUGUGUAGCAACUGCAGUCCUGAGGAAACAUACUAUGAUGAUGAUACUGAAGAAGGAGGGGAAUUGGAAAAAAUGACAAUACAGAUAAAAGAUGUAGUUGAUGAAAUUAAGUCUCAAUUGGACGAGGAGACUUCUAGUAAAGCCAGUGUUUCCAAAUCAAAGCAACAUAGUCAACUAGUUUCACUUUUAUUGGAACAGCAAUCGUCAAUUUCUGAAUUAACAAAUAAAGUAAAUAAUCUCACAAGAGUUUUAGAGAAAUUAGUUGAUCAUCAAAAUGGAAAUGAAAGAGUAAAAGAUCAAGAGCGUAAAACUCUCAAAACGUUACCGUCAAUUUAUGAGCUUAAACCAAAUUUAUUUCCUUCAAAAGAUAAUUGAAUUACAAUAUCUUUAUUAUAAGAUACAUUAUUAUAAAAUACAGUUAUGGUGUAGAAUGCAUUUAUUAUUAAACAUUUAUUUUACAUAAUUAAACAUAUAUUUUACAUAAUUAGACAUAUAUUUUACAUAAUUACGA